AUGAAUAAGAUGACCGUGCUCGCCGUGCUCUUGGACGCCGCCGUCGUCGCGGCGGCCACGCUCAUGUCCUCCCCGGACGCCUCCCGGCACGACGUCGCGCUGCUGGAGAUAGGUGGCGGCGGGGACGGCCGCUUGGAGCUGGUCCCCAUGGACGCCGGCGCCGCGGGGCCUGAGAGCCUGGCGUUCGACGGCGACGGCGGCGGCCCGUACGUGGGUGUGUCGGAUGGGCGCAUCCUCCGGUGGGUCCCCGGCGAGCGGUGGUGGGAAGAGCACUCGUCCUCCUGCGCGCCGGAACUGUACGUACACGUCUCCCCAUCUUCUGGUCUCUGA